GUAACCACGGAUGCGAGUUUCUCCGCGAUCGACCCAUCGGUCACGCGUAGCAACGUGCCGAUGGUGCUGUAUCGAGGCAGUAACGAGCGGACGACUCGUUUGCGCGCAAGGUGCUGGAAAUCAUUCGUCAUCGCGAUCGGAAUAUGCCCGGUGUUGCGAGCGCGACGGGUCUCCUGUCCGCGCGAAUUCGUCCGAUUCGCAGACCGAAGCCCAAGAGCGUGGAAUUAUCGGGUUGUGCCCGGGCGGCACCGUUCGCCCUUCGACCGUUCGCCGGCCUCUUUAAUCCUUAUCCUUAUGGCUGCUCGGUGCUGUGCAAUCAUCCGGCGGACUGCGAGGCGAAGGAGGUGGUUCGACGCGCUAAGGACACAUGGGCGGCCGAGGGAAAGGCUCUUUUGCUGCCGGAGGAGAUGGAGAUGAUACGGACGAGUCUGUUGGCUGUGGGCGCAGGCGGAGGCGGAGGCGGAGGCGGAGGCGGAGGCGAGCUGGUAGGAAAUGUCGGAGGUGGCCGUGGCGGCGGUGAUGGUUACAAUGCCGAGAUGACCGCUUCGGCGGUGCCCGAGGAGCUCUUCCGGAAAUACACGGAAACUGAUUCGCGACCUUUGACCCCGGCGCCCACGCUCGCCAGCGGACCAACGGUGAUGUUAACUGGCCGUGCGGCCCAGGAGGAUUUGCCGGCGACCUGCAAUCCGCGCGAGCGCACCACCCUGGUUCUGGAUCUCCGAACGAGCUCGCAGAACCAGCAGGUGGAAAACGAGACCUUUAGCUGGCACGCUCUUACGCUCGAACUGCCGCCGACGCCCCGAAAAAGCGAGAUAUUUGUCUGCAAGUCGACCUCGCGACCGCAACAUUCGUUAGCGGCACCUGUGCAGACUGUUCUUCAGUUAUCUCCCUCGCCCAUCAUUGAAAAACGCGAAAACGCGAGUUCGUCCCGGAAUGCAGUGAAGGAGAAGGAGGAGGAGGAGGAGGAGGAGGAAGAGGAGGAAGAGGGAGCCGACAGCGGCAGCGAGCAGCAACCGACAAUUACACGAAGACGGGGAAAGCGAUUGCGUAAAAGAAAGUGUAGGAGGGGUUCGACUUACGGCCAACAAACGGAAGUUCGCGAUCCACUCGAGCCUACGGUAACGCAGGUCUCGCAGAUCGGAAACGGAUCGCGGCGAUCGUCGCUCCACGUAAACCUCGGCGAGGCCAUUGAUGGCUCGACAUCUCCCAAGAGAACGUCCGCGCAGACGACGAGUCACACGAUGCCUUCGAGUUUUCUCGAACCAGAAGUAUUAAAGCAUUUAUGUCGAGAGUUAGAUCGCGACAAAGUGGAAGCGGAAUUCUCAAUGAAGAGACGAAUCGCCUUAGAGGAAGCGUUACGGGUGAAAGGCGAUGCAUACUCGACUCUGCGCGGAUCUCGUCAAACCAGUGCCGGUUUAUCGGCGGAAAACGCUCCCCGGAUAUUCUCCCGUCAAGCGGCGCGCUUUGAACUGCUCGACAGUCAAAGUCUUUGUGGAUUAACGUCGCUUCAGUACCUCAGCAAGCAUGUGUACGUCACAUCGGGAAGGAAAUUGAUAUUCGGUCGAAUAUUUAAUAAAUUUAACGAGGAGGCGUUGCACAGCGCGCGACGCAUUUCAUCGAGCGAUGUCGAGGAGGCUCUUCGGGAAGUGGUCGGGAAGGCAUUGACGGACGAACAGCGAUCUUACAUCGAGUCUGUGAUAGGUGACAUAACGCAGCCGCUGGGGUUUAGGGAGUGGUGCGGAUUGUGCGCCGCCGUCGAAAGACUGCUGUGUCCUCUGCCGUCGAAGGAGAGCGAUCCGCCAACGUGGCUCGAGAGAACGGACUUUGAGGCUCUGGAACGAAGACUCAAGGCAGCCGGCUCGGUGGACUCCAAGCUGGCGUUGUUGUUGAAGGAGAUUCGUGAUAGAUAAAAUAUAACGUGUUUCUUAUUAUACAUAUUCUCUUUUUUUUAUCACAGUGAUCGCUAAUUAUAAAUGUUCGUAUCGUGUAAAUCUUGCGAUGAGUUUAAUAGAUUGUUAUAAUUAUUUGAUGUAAGCUUAAAAAAGAAAACUUUUUUCCCCA